UGUGCAAAUUUUCUUGCAUAUCCAAAGGGCAAAGGAAAUAAUGUUUAUAUAAUCAAUACCCUCAUUCUUUCCUUCACACUACAAAGAAACAGAGCAGUAGUAAAAUGCAGUAUAAAGCAACUCACAUAUAGAUAAUCGAUCAGCAACAUUUUGGAAAGAAUCCAUGGGUGCUCUAACCCUUCAUAUCCUGACACUUUUCUUUCUUCAAGCUCGGUCCGUUUUUGCAAACGUUGACCUGUUCUCAACACUCUAUACAAAUAACAGCGAUGCAUGGCUUUCAUCUUCUGGUGAAUUUGCUUUCGGAUUUCGCCAACUCAAUGGCACGAGCACGAGCCUCUUCACACUUGCCGUCUGGUACGACAAAAUACCUGACAAGACCAUUGUUUGGAGUGCAGAAAAAGAAGAUAACAACCCUGCAGAAGCACCAGCAGGAUCACACGUUGAACUUUCCUCACAAGGGCUCACGCUGAGAAGUCCUCUUGGGGAAUCCUUAUGGACAACCGGACAAGAAUACGGUGAUGUUUCCUCUGGAGCUAUGCUCGACAAUGGGAACUUUGUUCUUGUAAACACGAGUUCUACUAUUGUGUGGGAAAGUUUCAAGUUUCCCACAGACACGUUAUUGCCUAACCAAUCACUGGAGCUAGAUGGCAAGCUGACUUCUCGUUUCACAGAGAGCAAUUACACAAAAGGAAGAUUCCAACUUUAUUUUCAGGAGAAGGAGGGUCAUGAUGUAUUAAUGUUGAGUCCCCUUGCUUGGCCAUCUGAAUAUCGUUACAAUUCUUAUCUUAAUAUUGAUACCCCUGCUGGCUCUACUUCAUCACGGUUAGUGUUCGAUCAAUCAGGGAAUAUUUAUGUAGAGACAACUAACCGUGAUGAAUGGGGUAGCGGUUCCUGUGGCUAUAAUAGCAUUUGCUCCAUUCAAAAUCAAAGACCUACUUGCAAUUGCCCUGAUGGGUACUCGUUUGUAGAUCCAAGUAAUGAAUUUGGUGGAUGUCAACCCAAUUCUGCCCAGCUCCUUUGUGGAGCGGAUAUGGAAGGAACAACCCAAGCAAGGCCAGAAGAACUAUAUGAGUUGCUUAUAUCAAGAGAAAUCAAUUUUCCCCUUGGAGAUUAUGAAAGGAUACAACCUUGCUCUCAACAGGACUGCCAACGAUCUUGCUUGCACGAUUGCAUGUGUUCUGCUGCUGUUUUUGGUUACCCUACUUGUUGGAAGAAAAGAUUACCCCUUAUUAAUGGAAGAGUAGAGAAAGGCCCGACUUUGGUCUUCAUAAAAACAAGAGUUAGUCCUUUGACUGCUUUCACAAAGAAUGAAGAUCAAGCUAAACCAAUUCUUUGGGGGUCACUUAUUGGUUCCCUUGUUGUUAACAGUAUUCUCCUGGCUACGGUAAUCUUGUUGAUUCUCUUGAAACCAAAAAGGAUUUUGCAAGUUGCACCUGCAAGUCUUUUGGAAACAAAUCUGCACUCCUUUACUUAUCAAGUCCUACAACAUGCCACGCAGAAUUUUAGUGAAGAACUAGGCAGGGGUGCCUGUGGGAUUGUUUACAAAGGCCAACUAGAAGCACACUCUUCUAAUGUGGUUGCUGUCAAGAGAUUGGACAGGUUAGGACAAGAACAAGAGAAGGAAUUCAAGGCUGAGUUGAGUGCUAUUGCUAAAACAUGUCACAAAAAUCUGGUACAGUUGAUUGGAUUUUGUGACGAGGGAAUCCAUAGACUACUAGUCUAUGAGUACAUGAGCAAUGGCACUCUAGCAGAUUUCAUAUUUGGACAAACAAAACCCAUUUGGAGUGAUAGGAUUAGAUUAGCUUUGGGGAUUGCAAGUGGGUUGGUAUACUUACACGAAGAGUGUGAGAACCCCAUCAUUCAUUGUGAUAUUAAACCUCAAAAUAUACUCAUAGGUAAGGAUUCCACAGCAAAGAUCUCUGACUUUGGGUUGGCCAAGUUGUUGUUGUCUGACCAAAGCAGAACCAAUACCAUGAUACGAGGAACUAAAGGAUAUGUGGCUCCUGAGUGGUUCAAGAAUGUUCCUGUGACAGUUAAAGUGGAUGUUCACAGCUUUGGUGUGAUGUUGCUAGAAAUCAUUUGCUGCAGAAGAAGUGUGAUACCGAUGGAGUCUGGGGAGGAGGAAAAGGCGAUAUUGAUGGAUUGGGCUUAUGAUUGCUAUACCGAAGGGAGAGUAGAUGCUCUGGUGGAGAAUGAUAAGGAGGCUUUGGCUGACAUUGGAAGGUUGCAAAAGUGGGUGAUGAUAGCAAUUUGGUGCAUUCAAGAGAAUCCUGAAAUGAGGCCAACUAUGGGGAUGGUCAAGCAACUGUUGGAAGGCUUUGUUGAAGUCCCUAAUCCACCAUCUCCAUAUUACUCCAAUUAGAUUCCUUAAUGGUCACCAGCAGAAAAUGAUGGGAUAAACCCUGGCUUUGUUGGAAGGGUUAUACACUCACUCAAUUUUUUUUUAAUAUUCAUGUAUAACCUGUAAAAGCAGCACAAUAUUGUCUCCUUUAUAAGUGCAGGCAGGAAUGGAAACUGCAAAUAACUAGACCGGUACAUAAUUUACGGCAUUCUCCGAUAGCAUCCUGCAAUUUAAAGUUAACUUUAUUUGAUCUGAACUUCAAAAA